AUGGGGACGCCAGGCACUGCGGUGCAGAGCAUCCGCCCCUACCAGUCCAGCGAGCAGUACCUCUAUGCCAUGAAGGAAGACUUGGCCGAGUGGCUGAAGGAGCUGUACGACCUAGACAUUGAGGUGGGCACCUUCGUGGAGGCGCUGGAGACAGGGGCUGUGCUCUGCUCCCAUGCCAACAACAUCACCCACGUAGCUGAGGAGUUUGCCCGCGCCUGCCCCAGCAUGGCCCGUCACCUCCGCCUGCCCGCCGCUGGCGUCGCUUGCAACCUCGCGGCACAGCCGGGCACCUUCCAGGCCAGGGACAACAUCUCCAACUUCAUCCAGUGGUGCAGGAAGGAGAUGGACAUUAAAGAUGUCCUGAUGUUCGAGACGGAGGACCUGGUGCUGAGGAAGAAUGAGAAGAACUUCGUGCUGUGCCUGCUGGAGCUGGCACGCCGGGCUGCCUGCUUCGGCAUGCAUGCCCCAACCCUCGUGCAGAUGGAGGAGGAGAUUGAGGAGGAGCUCCGCCAGGAGCUGGACCUGCCACCUGCAGGCACUCCUCUGCCCCAGCCCCCCUGGAAACCACGGGACCUCCACAACCUCGACCACAUGGGACCGCACCUGGUGAGCCGCUGUACCUGCCCCAUCCAGUUCCCCAUGAUCAAGAUAUCUGAAGGGAAAUACCGCGUGGGUGACUCUGACACCCUCAUCUUUGUCCGUAUUCUGCGGGAGCACGUCAUGGUGCGGGUCGGGGGCGGCUGGGACACACUGGAGCACUACCUGGACAAGCACGACCCAUGCCGCUGCACCUCGCUCUGUGAGGGUGCGCCUCACAAACAAGCCAGGAAAACCAGGAGCUCCCAGCAGCAAGUGCAGCACGAGAUCUGGCUGUGUCCGGCCCCGAAGGCCCGGGGCCAGCCCCAGCCCAAACUGCUGGUCAGCCGCUCCCAGAGCCCCCUGCCCCCAGUCGCCUGGGGGUCCCGUGUAGCCCCCGACACCCGAGCUCCUGCCACCCCCUUGCCAGAGGGCUCGGGUCACCCACCGGGCUCCAGCCCUCGCCGGGAGCUGGAGCAGCCUGGGAGAGUCCCUUUGGGCAG